CGACGCAGGAAAGGCUGGGAGCCCUAAAUUCUUGAGUCCUGAAGAGGUAAGAGCUGGGAGCCGGGACUCCAGUAGCUAAAGGAAGAGUAUAGGGUCACAGGGGCUGAGGCACUGGACGAAGAGUCCUCUGAGGAGACCUGGGCUCAAAACCCUUUGGUUCUUAGGGAAGAGGAGCGCUGAGCCCGCACUCCUGGGCCCCUGAGAAGGUGGCAGGAGCUCCUCCUUCUCGGCACCAUGAGCAGCACCACCACCGGCCCGGAAGCUGCCCCCAAACCGAGUGCCAAGUCUAUCUAUGAGCAGAGGAAGCGUUACUCCACUGUGGUCAUGGCUGACGUUUCCCAGUAUCCAGUCAAUCACCUGGUGACGUUCUGCCUGGGUGAGGAGGAUGGCGUGCACACGGUGGAGGACGCCUCGCGGAAGCUGGCGCUCAUGGACAGCCAGGGCCGCGUCUGGGCCCAGGAGAUGCUGCUGCGCGUGUCUCCCGACCACGUCACGCUGCUCGACCCCGCCUCCAAGGAGGAGCUGGAAUCGUACCCGCUGGGCGCCAUCGUGCGCUGCGACGCGGUGCUGCCGCCCGGCCGGAGCCGCUCGCUGCUGCUGCUCGUGUGCCAGGAGCCGGAGCGCGCGCAGCCGGACGUGCACUUCUUCCAGGGCCUGCGUCUCGGGGCGGAGCUGAUCCGAGAGGACAUUCAGGGAGCCGUGCACAACUACCGCUCCGGCCGCGGGGAGCGCCGGGCGGCGGCGCUCAGGGCCACGCAGGAGGAGCUGCAGCGCCGCCCCUAUCCCGCCGCGGAGACCCCGCCCCUGCAGCGCCGCCCGUCGAUCCGCGCGGUGAUCAGCACGGUGGAGCCGGCCGCGGGCCGCGGGCGACCCCAGGUGGAGCCCAUCCCCGAGGCGGAGGAGGCGCGGAGGCCCGGCCCGGCGGCGACCUCUAGCGGCGCUGACCCGGCCUCCCCGGACCUGGGCCCCCGCGGCCCGGACCUGGCCGGUCUGCAGGCGGAGCGGGAAGUGGACAUCCUAAACCACGUGUUCGACGACGUGGAGAGCUUCGUCUCGAGGCUGCAGAAGGCUGCGGAAGCUGCCCGAGUUCUGGAACACCGCGAGCGCGGCCGCAGGACCCGGCGCCGGGAGGCCGGGGAGGGCCUCCUGACCCUGCGGGCCAAGCCGCCCUCGGAGGCCGAGUACAUCGACGUGCUUCAGAAAAUCAAGUACGCCUUCAGCCUGCUGGCCCGGCUGCGCGGCAACAUCGCCAACCCCUCCUCCCCAGAGCUGCUGCACUUCCUGUUCGGACCUCUGCAAAUGAUUGUGGACACGACAGGCGGCCCCCAGUUCGCGAGCGGCGUGCGACGGCCGCACCUGACGUGCGACGCCGUGGCGCUGCUGCGGGACAAUGUCACCCCACGAGAAAACGCGCUCUGGACCUCGCUGGGGGACUGGUGGACCCGCCCGGGGCUGGAGCUGCCCCUGGAGGAGGGACCCCCAUACAGCCCUGACUUCUACAGCGGCUGGGAGCCGCCGGCCACCGACCCGCAGGGCCGCGCCUGGGAGGAGCCGGUAGAGAAACAGUUACAGCACGAGCGGCGGCGCCGGCAGCAAAGCGCCCCCCAGGUCGCUGUCAAUGGUCACCAAGACCCGGAGCCAGAAGCUGAGCCCCAGCCGGAGCCAGAGCCGGCGGGGAAGUGGGUCCUAUGUAACUAUGACUUCCAGGCCCGCAACAGCAACGAGCUAUCCGUCAAGCAGCGGGACGUGUUGGAGGUCCUAGAUGACAGGCGCAAGUGGUGGAAGGUUCGGGACCCCUGGGGGAAGGAGGGAUAUGUACCCUAUAAUAUCCUGACGCCCCACCCCGGGCCGCCGGGGAGCCGCAGCCAAAGCCCUGCCCGCAGCCUGGAAAAUAGCAUUCCCCCUCCUCCACCGGCCCCGGCCCUGGCUCCUGCCCCGGCUCCUGCCCCGGCUCGGCCCCGCUGGGACAGCUGCGACAGCCUCAACAACUUGGACCCCAGAGAGAAAGACAAAUUCUCCCAGAUGCUCAGUGUCAACGAGGAGCUGCAGGCGCGCCUGGCCCAGGGCCGCUCCGGCCCCAGCCGCGCAGCCCCGGGCCCCCGCGCCCCGGAGCCGCAGCUCAGCCCGCGCUCGGACGCCUCGGAGGUCCGCGCCUGGCUGCAGGCCAAAGGCUUUAGCUCCGGGACCGUGGAGGCGCUGGGCGUGCUGACCGGCGCGCAGCUUUUCUCGCUGCAGAAGGAGGAGUUGCGGGCGGUGAGCCCCGAGGAGGGGGCGCGAGUGUACAGCCAGGUCACGGUGCAGCGCGCGCUGCUGGAGGACAAAGAGAAAGUGUCAGAGCUGCAGGCGGUGAUGGAGAAGCAAAAGAGGAAGGUGGAAGGCGAGAUGGAAACGGAGGUCAUUUGACCCUUCCUUCCCGGCUCUCCGCGAGUUUCGAGGCAGCCCUGUGGGAGCACGGACUCUGCAGACUGCCCCCACCGAUGGAAGUAGACCCCUCGAAGGAUCGCCGACCCGUUCCGGCCCUGGUCUUCCCGCCCGGUGGAUAAAUUCGCCCGUCCUUGCAGGAGUCUCCUGAGCGAGCGUUCGCGGACUGGAGCGGGGAGGGCAGCGGGGCGCAGACAAUUUAGAAAAAGCGCCAUCGGCGCUCCCCGGGAGAGGGCGCGCUCGGGAGCCCUGUGCAUGGAGAUAUGCUGCCCAGUCUAUAAACAGCCUCUUCUUACCA